AUGAACAGCGAUCCAAACAUUUGGUUUUAUCGGCCAAUGCAGGAAGAUCUCCUGACCUACGCUUCGCAGGAUGUGAUGUAUCUGCCGCUGCUCCACCGUCGACUCUGCGACGAGCUAGGCGAUGUCACCGGCGCCAGAGUUCUGUCACGCAGUCGGCAGUAUGUAAACUACUCCAAGAUGAACUUGCACUUGGCCUCUCCAAAGGCGGCCGAGAGGCGGGGACUGCGACUGCAGGCAAUGCUCGCCACCCAUACAGAGGCGGCUCUGUACUUCAAGCUGAACUUGGGUGCUCACCGACAGGGCGUGGUGAGCCGAACCGAAGCCCUGAAGAACUUCAACGACAUGCAAUACGGGGACAUUGCGGAUUGCUGGGUGUCCGCUUGGAAUACAGGCGGCAACAUUCUGUUCUUGGAGCGGUUGGAGGCCGGGCAUGCGUUUCCUGAGCAUCCCGACUUCACCUCCGGGAAGAUGGGACGUCGAAGGAGGCGACGGCCUGUCGGCUCCAGCGACUGA